AUGAGUUCAACAAGUUCAGCAUCCACCAGCAGCUCUGCAUUCACUGAAAUGACAGCUAACAUUCCUAGUGAUAUUAUCUCUGAUAUUCUUACUAGACUGCCUGUCAAGUCUCUUACAAGAUUCAAGAGUGUAUCCAAGUCCAUGCUUGCAUUCCUUGGCAAUCCAGAAUUUGUUAAGCAGCAUCUCAAAAGAGCAAAUUUGAAGAACCCAAAUCUUGUCCUGAAGCAUGACUCCAAGCUUUUCUACGUUGAAGAUGAAGAAUGGAGCAAAGCUAGAAGGCUGCCAUUGCCCUUUUCACUGUGCCUAGAAAAAGUUGAAAUUUCUGGUUCAUGCAAUGGCAUACUUUGCAUUUCGGACCAACAGUGCAAUCAGGAUAUCUUUCUCUUGAAUCCCUCUACUGGGGUUUUCAAACACCUUCCGUUCUCGGGUUUCGAUAUCGCCGCAGUUGAGAACUCUUUCACCACGAUGGGGUUUGGUUAUCAUCAAGCAGAAGAUGAUUACAAGGUCAUAAGGUGUGUUUAUAUAUAUGAUAAGCCUUUUAUUGACAUUGACUCUUAUGAAUGUGAGGCUAGAGUCUACUCUUUGAAAGCUGGUGAGUGGAAGGAUAUUGGAACUAUCCCAUACCAUCUGGGCUAUAAAGCUGCUAUCUGGCUUGGCAAUGAUUUUCUUAUCUGGAAAGCAACUAUCGGGCUCGGAAGAACGGGGAGGUAUCUGAUAGUUUCUUAUGACAUGAGCAAAGAAGAGUUCAAGGAGAUUCCCCAGCCUAUUGUGAAUUAUAAUGAUGAACUUCACAUGGAGGUAAGUGUGUUUGAUGGAUUGUUAUCAACCUUCUAUCUUUCAAAAUAUGACGAGGCUCACAUUUGGUCCAUGAAAGAGUAUGGAGUGACGGAUUCGUGGGAAUUGCGGGUUGUGAUUAAGCUGCCUUGGAGAGUUGAGAACUACAACUAUAUCUUUUUGAAGCCCCUGACUAUUUUGAAGAAUGGUGAAAUCCUGAUCGAGGCAGGUGAAAAGGCAAGAAUUCUGCAUGAUCCUAAGAAGGAUAGCUACAGAAUCAUCAAUCCUAUUCGUGGAGUUCCUCGAAGAUUUUUAGUGACUCCUAUUGUGGGAAGCCUGGUUUCACCUUUUGAUUAUCAUCAGGGCUGAAAAGGGCAUGACCUAGUUGGGAUUUGGAAGUUAGUUAAUGGUUCAAGUAAGGGAUUAAUUUUAAUUAAGUUUCUUAAGCAUUUAAUUUCGUAAUUCGGCUGUCAAGGUUUUGAGUUUUUACUUAAUUUUGUAGUUUUAUAAAAUUUCUCAGUUUUGUAGAAUAAAGAUUUCCUCAUUACUUCUCAGAGCAAAA